GGUUUUGGUUAAUGGUCUCAUUAAUAGCUUACAGCCAGGAGAGGAGGACUAGGGUGCAGGUUAUUGCCAAGACACCCUAAGGAGCAAGCAUCUCCAUCUAGCUUUCCCAAGUUUACCCAAAGCUCCUCAUUCCCUCCCUCUCCCUCUCCAAAGCUCUGUUGGUUUUAAGUCCUUUCAACCAUUUUUCACAAGUGGAGAGAUACUGUGGUUCAGGAACACCCACACGAUGCCAAUUUAGUAUUGUGGAUAGAGGCUUGAGCCGGGGGGGCUUUGGUUUUUCUAGGAGGAACCCCUUCAUAAAUUGAUACCAAUCUCCAACAGUGGGCACAUCUGCAUGAGAUGUUUACUGAGCAGUAGCCUAAUAAUGCUGUGCACUAGCAUGCUAGGCAAAACUAGUGCUAAUACACUACUGUGCAGUGUUAUUAGGCUACUGUGCAGUAAAUGUCACUUAAACCCCAUGGGCUAGUGCUACAGUGCAGUAGAGCAAGUUACUGGGCAGUGAUUUAGUACUAAUUUAGUAUUUAGUCCUGAGUACUGAUUUAGUAUUAAUGCACCAUAGUUACUGUGCAUUGUUUACUACUUGAAUAACCACCCAAGUACUAACCUUAAUGCACAGUAACUAUGGUGCAUUUAUGAACAUGUAGACGUGCCCAGUGUGUGACAUGAAAGUUGCCUCUUUCAUGAGGGCUGCAGUCCUGGCCAGUCCAAUGGACACCACCAAGCUGGGUCUGAUGACUUCUCUCCCAGGUUUGCCAUAAGUGAUGGUGCUUUUCCUUUGACUCUAAGCCUGCUGAGAGAUCUGAUUAGGGGGCAACAGGGAGCACAGGGAGCUACAGAGCAGGAAACAAAGUACACACAAGCAGAAAGCCCAGCAUCCAGCCAAGAUGCUUGUUCUCAGACUCAAAGGGGGACAUGGAGGUGGGCUCCUGGACUUAGAGAGUUCUCAGGGGCAUUUCCCAGUGACACUGGCUCUUGUGUUAUGCACACAGCAGCUUUCUGCAGUCUAGGAGCCAGAAAGAUGAACCCUUUAGUGGGCCCUAGGCAAACAAACUCUUGGGUCCCUACUUAAUACUGUAUAUUUAUAUUACUUUUCUCCACCCAAUAAUUAUAAUAUGUAAAAUAAGCACAACUGGGUCCCUUCUUCACUUAGGGCCCUAGACAAGUGCCUAGUUCGCCUAUGCAUUAAUCGGGCCCUGCCAGGGGCAGAGAAAGGUUCUAGGCAAGCUCCUCCUGGAUCACAGCUUGGUUUAAUUUGGGGAGGGGGGGCUUCAUCAGCUGUUGCCACUAGAGGGCUCUGGGUCUUGCUCAAAGAACAGAAGUUGCUCUUCCUUUUGCUCUGUAUUUCCUCUGCUUGGCCUGCGCGGGGGUUGAGUUUCCUGGGUGAGACGGAUGCAGCUGCAAUUCCGGAAGCCUGAGCUGCUCCCCCACUUGUGCCAGGGAGACCUUCAUUCGAGCCCCUCAGUGCCCAGCCAGGGGGGCUUUCUCUGCUGGCUGGAUCCAGCACGCUGAGCACUGCCCGCGCCAGCUCCUGACUCAGACACCCCAGGGGAUGGAGAGAGAAAGCGCUGGGGACCAGCAGGGCAGGGGCUGUCUGCACACGGGGCCCCUCUGCACCCAGUGCUGCUCUGCAGGGGCCUGCGAGACCCAGGGCCGCUGCCCUUAUUGACAUGCACAGGAUUUAGCCCAGGAUUGCCGGAGCCUGCUGACUGCAGGGAGGUGAAUGGCCCAGGACCUGGACAGCGACCACAGGGGAAGGGUUGAAGCCAUUGCCAGGCAGAAGGUGAAGAAGUUCAGACAUCACAGGCUCUCCCAUGAAACAGGGCUUCUGGUUCCUGCACAGUCAGGGGCCUCGUCCUGGGAGCUCCUGGGACUGAAUCAGAGGCAGGUGUGGUGGCAGGUGCUGAUGGCUUUCCAUGAAUUGUUUGCGCCUGUCACUCGGGAGCAGUAGGGAUCCAGCAAGCCCUUCCCAGGGACGCCAUGCAGGAGAACUAUGAGACACUGAUCUCUCUGGCAGAAGAGAUGGCCAUCAGCCUGCCACGGAUCACAGCGCUGGCUGAGUCCCACCGCAGGGGGCUGGUUUCAGCAGGAUUUCCAAUUUCUAAGCCUGACCUGCUCUCCUGGAUGGACCGGGGGGAUGAGCCGUGGGUCCCAGACCUCCAGGCCUCUGAGGGCACAGAGAUCCCAAGAGAUGCCAGCCCAGCAGGCGAUGGGUCAGCAAGUGAGAACGAGGAGGAGGAGGAAGCGGGGGAAACACUACAGGGAGCCUCUGGGAAAGCAGAACCCAGCGAGACAUCCGCAGAGGACGAAGGGGAAGACACCCCCAGCCUUGAGCCGGAGGGGAAGGCACAGAGCCCUGUGGGGGAGACUCUGGCCGCAUCCCCUCCCCAGCCCGGGGAUCCCAGGCCACUGGGGUCUGAGAAGCCCUUCCGCUGUGCAGAGUGCGGGAAGAGCUUCAGCCAGCGCUCAAACCUGAUCCGGCACCAGCGCCUGCAUGCCAGCGACCGCCCCCACCGUUGCCCUGACUGUGACAAAAGCUUCAGUGACCCGGCUGGCCUGGCCAAGCACCAGAAGGCGCACGCAGCUGGGAAGCCCUUCCAGUGCGGAGACUGUGGCAAGGGCUUCAACUGGAGCUCGCACCUAGAGCGGCACCGGCGCAUCCACACUGGGGAGCGCCCCUACACUUGCGCAGACUGUGGCAAGGGCUUCAGCGUCAGCUCCCACCUGGAGCGGCACCGGCGCGUGCACACGGGUGAGCGCCCCUACAAGUGUGAGGAGUGCGGCAAGCGCUUCACAGUCAGCUCCACACUGGCCCAGCACCGCCGCACACAUGCCAGCGACCGGCCCCACCGCUGCCAGGACUGUGGCAAGGCCUUCAGCCUGGGCGCCACCCUUCUUGCCCACCAGCGCAAGCACCGGGGCGAGAAGCCCUUCCCCUGCCCUGACUGCGGGAAGAGCUUCGGCUUUGUCUCCCACCUGGAGCGGCACCGGCGCGUGCACACUGGGGAGCGCCCGUUCCAGUGUGCCGACUGCGGCAAGGCCUUCAGCCGCAGUUCCCACCUCUACCGGCACCGGCGCGUGCACACGGGCGAGAAGCCCCGACAGUGCCUCGACUGUGGCAAGAGCUUCCACCUCAGCGCUACAGGGCAGCUCCGGGCUGGCCGGGAUCCCAACAAGUGUGCUGAGUGUGGGCGCCGCCGUCCCCCGCCACCUCCCCCACCCCUGCCACCGCCAGCUGAGCACGACCCACUGCCGCCGCCUGCGCUGGUUCCAGGCUGUGUGGACAAGCCGCACAAGUGUGCAGAGUGUGGGAAGGGCUUUGGGCAGAGUGCAUCAUUGGUGAAGCACCAGCGCACGCACACGGGGGAGCGCCCCUUCCAAUGUGGGCAGUGUGGCAAACGCUUUGGCUGGUGUUCGGCACUCAUCAAGCACCGGCGCAUCCACACGGGUGAGCGCCCCUAUGCCUGCGCUGACUGCGGCCGGGCUUUCAGUGUCAGCUCCCACUUGGACCGGCACCAGCGCACGCAUGCUGGUGACCGCCCCCACCGCUGCCCCCAGUGUGGCAAGGGGUUCAGUGACCCCGCUGGCCUGGCCAAGCACCAGAAGGCACACGCAGCUGGGAAGCCCUUCCAGUGUGGGGACUGUGGCAAAGGCUUUGCCUGGAGCUCACAUCUGGAGCGGCACCGGCGUGUGCAUACAGGUGAGAAGCCCUACACCUGCACAGACUGUGGCAAGGGCUUCAGCGUCAGCUCCCACCUGGAGCGGCACCGGCGUGUACACACUGGGGAGAAGCCCUACAAGUGUGAGGAGUGUGGCAGGGCCUUCGCCGUCAGCUCAACGCUGGCCCAGCAUCGCCGCACCCAUGCCAGUGGCCGCCCCCACCGCUGCCAGGACUGUGGCAAGCGCUUCAGCGCCCUGGCCCAGCUCGUGGCCCACCAGCGGGCGCACCGGGGCGAGAAGCCCUACCCCUGUGCUGUGUGUGGCAAGAGCUUUGGCUUCGUAUCCCACCUGGAACGGCACCGGCGCGUACACACUGGGGAGAAGCCCUACAAGUGCCCCGACUGUGGCAAGGCCUUCAGCCGCAGCUCCCACCGCAACCGCCACCAGCGUGCCCACACUGCUGCCGCCGACCGGCCACUGAAAGGAGCAGGAGGGACCGAGUUGGGGAAAGGUCCUGCUCCCUUGGACUCUGCCAAGUCCCCGCAGGGCCCGGCCCCUGCCACAGAGUCCUCCCUGUCCCUCCUGCCCACCUGGUGGGGGGGAGACGGGGAGAGGCGGAACAGCCAGCCCCCGGGCUGGCCAGAGGACACCAUGCCCUAUGCCAGACCUAUCCCCCACACCAGUGGUGGGCUCCGGGGCUGGGGCAUGAAGGCUUUCCCCCCACCAGAUGUGCCGCCUACCCCAUGGCGGCUGGGAGAGGGCAGCUCGGCCUGGGCCUCUGCACUGCCCCAGGAGGCCUGGUCCCAACCACCCCCAACCUCUUAAUCUGCCCCCUACUCCUACCCAGAGCUGUGUGCUGAGGUCUAACAGCAUUGACAGUCCCUGACCUUGAGCCUGGCCAGUCCAGCUGCUCUCCAGGGAGAGGACAGGUGGCAGGACCCGUUGCUCCCAUCAGCCUGCCUGGGAAGUCAUCUAGCCACAGGGGCCAGCGCCAAUCUUGCCAUCCCCAUCCCCAGUCCUGCUCCUGCUACUCAAGCAGCUUGGUUGCUCCAGGGAGCCCCACCUGUCAUGCAGAAGGGAGCUGGGAAGGGGGUGGAUGAGAGAGCCCCUGGGGGUGAGAAUCAGAUGUGUGGGGAGGGUGGGGGAGCAUCCGUGUGGUGUGGAGCAGAAGGGAAGAAACCGGGGUUCCCCCUGGAACCAGCAGAUGGGGGGUCAAGGGGAGGACAGGGCUUGGGGAAGCCCAUGGCGGGGAUGAGCGGAGAGGAAGGAAGGGAACAAUUGCUGCUUCCUCCUGGGCAUUGGCUGAGAGAAGGCAACUGAUGCCAGCACCAGUGUCUGAGCAUUGCACAUCCGGAAUGCCUCCUUCCUCAUCAGCUGUCAGAGGUGUCACAUGUAUACUGCUACCCUGGUGUCAGAUUGAUAUCUUUCCCCGUCAGCCCCUUGCUCCUGGUAUCAACCAUGCUGUUCUCCCUGGUCUGGUGUUUGUAGUGUCCUGUUCUAUCACCUCCACCGCUCCCAAGCUGCUGUCAUGCGGAUGCCCUUCCCCAUCAAUCUCCCUUUCCCCCAGCAUCACAUUUUCACUGUUCACCAUUAACUCCAGUGACACCAUUCAGCAAGUUAUUAUUAGAGUCACUAAGUAAGGGAGACAUUUCAGAGGAGACUCCAGGACUUUUUCUGGCACUGACACAGUCCAGUCAUGGAGGAAAAUGCUUAAACAGGGUGGGAGGGGAAAGAAAUUAAGACCUCUAUCCCUUCAGUAGCAUGGGAGACUGCCAAACAUAAGAUUGAAGCGAUUUUGGGAUAUGGACAAAUUUGCACUUAGGGGAUGGGAACUCUUAACUCCCUGCAUGUGUGAGAGGAGAUCCUGGGGGUGGAAGCAUUCGUUGCAUCUGACAAAUAGGCUGUUGCCUACAAAACAUUAUACCUAUCUGCACAAGUUAGUCUCUAAGGUGCCUCCGUGGCCUAUCUUCUGCCUGAAGGUGGACUAUAGAUUCCUCUGCUGCUUAACUGACUAUACAUAAAGAAUAGGGGAGGGAAGGAAGGAUCCCCAAAUUUUUAGAAGAGAGAUACCAGACUCUGUUACCUCCAGGCUCUAGGACAAGUGUAGGAUCAGAAGAGAAGCCUGGCUCACCCAUCACCAUCCAUCCCUACAUCCUGCCCAAGGACAGAGACCCUGCCUGUCACACACACACACAGCCUGCUCACAGCAGGAUCCCCCCCAAAGGGAUAAGAAGCCUUAACUGAGUUCAAAGACACAACCCUGCUUGGGCCUGUGAUAGAGCUACGGUGUUCUGUUGCCAGAACUGUGGUGUGAUCCAUUUCCAGUGAAAACGGACUCGGAUUACCUGGGGAUGGGCUAUUGGCUUUUCUUACUGGAUUUGAGCGUGUGCGUGGGUGUGCAUUUUCUCUCUCCAAUUGCCUUUCCUCUUAACUUCCCUAGGCUGCUACUCUGCAAGGUGACAGGACCCUUGAGAAGCAGAAGGCUGUGAUAUUGUCCCCUCCCACCCCUUUAAAUCCAGCACCUUGAGGUGGGCUCCACAUGUUUGGGGUGGGCACAACAGUUCUUUUAUUUUAAUUUGUACAUUUCAUGAGCUGUAAUAAAGUAGCGCUUUCGAUU